CAGGCUUUCGUCAACAACCAGCUGGUGACGGGUCCAUCCAGCAACUAACAACGGCAAUCAGCACCAAGCUCCAAGGUCCCAGCGACCAGCUCCUCCCUAAAUCUCGCCCUUCCGCCUCCGAGUUUGCGCAACAAAAGGCUCGUUCCUUUAUCGCAAGCGACCAACCAUUGCGCGCCGUCUACUCAGUAGCAGAAUUCUUGUCCAGCACUUAUCCGCUCCAAUGGAUCGAUUUAGAAGCCUGCUCAGCAGCGGCAUGGGCUUCGGCAAUGCUGCCCCGGGCACGGAUAACACAAACCUGAUCGACAACUCCGAGACCGUGCACAUCUCGUCCCUGGCCCUGCUCAAGAUGCUCCGACACGGCCGCGCCGGCGUGCCGAUGGAAGUCAUGGGUCUCAUGCUGGGCGAGUUUGUCGACGAUUUCACUGUCCGCGUGGUGGAUGUGUUUGCCAUGCCCCAGAGCGGCACCGGCGUCAGCGUAGAGGCCGUCGACCCGGUCUUCCAGAUGAAGAUGAUGGACAUGCUCCGGCAAACAGGCAGACCCGAGUCGGUCGUCGGCUGGUACCAUUCCCAUCCCGGGUUCGGCUGCUGGCUGUCCUCGGUCGACAUCAACACGCAGCAGAGCUUCGAACAGCUCACCCCCCGCGCCGUCGCCGUCGUCGUCGAUCCCAUCCAGUCCGUCAAGGGGAAGGUCGUCAUCGAUGCCUUCCGCCUCAUCAACCCCCAGUCCUUGAUGAUGGGCCAGGAGCCGCGUCAGACGACGUCGAACUUGGGCCACUUGAACAAGCCGUCCAUCCAGGCGCUCAUCCACGGGCUCAACCGGCACUACUACUCGAUCGGCAUUAACUACCGCAAAACGGCGCUCGAGGAGAACAUGCUGAUGAACUUGCACAAGCACCCCUGGACGGACGCGCUGCAGAUGGAAGACUUCCGGACCGAGGGCCAGCGGACCAAGGAGCGGCUGCAGCGGCUGGUCAGCUUGGCCGAGGGCUACGAGAAGCGGGUCAAAGAGGAAACCGAGUUGACUAAGGAUCAACUGAAGACGCGCUACGUCGGCAAACUUGAUCCAAAGAAGCAUCUCGAGGACGUCGGACAGCAGCUGAUCGAGGACAACAUCGUCGCCGUGUCGAGGCAGAUGAUCGACAAGGAGGCGACUAUGGCGAAAAAGGACGCACCUGCCUGGGUAAACGGGCAGCCGAACGGCGACCAAAUGGAGGUAGAAGAAGAGGAGCUCUGAAUCACGGACUAAUCCAGCAUACUCACGGGCACUGGUAGCCAUGUAUCCGAUGGAAUAUCGGUGCCUCGUUUUUGGCAAGUCUCCAGUGCCAUCGUGGAUUUGAGAAAUGCGAGCGCGCUGGCCGGGGUUACAGCUGUGAACGCUGUCAGCGAAUCCUUUGUGCCCUGAUCGUCUCCCACCCCUUUGUUAACAAAGUUUGG